AGUUGGUAAUUGAUAUGUUAAAAGAUGAAAUGAGUAAGAUAGGUGGUAAGGAUGUGAUAGUGCAAGUAGACGAAUCUAAAUUUAGUAGACAUAGUGAAACUAUUCAAAAAAUUUUAAACGAAUACAUCGAGCCAGAAUCGAUACUUUACACUGAUUGUUGGAGAGGGUAUAAUGGUGUUGAGGAUGGGUUAAAUGUACAGCAUAAAAUGGUGAAUCAUUCAAAGCAUUUUACAGAUCCGGUUACAGGCGUGAAUACAAACACUAUCGAAGAUAUUUGGAAUAGUGUGAAAUUACAAAUAGCAUCACGUCAUAUGU